UUUUUUUUUUUUCCUCUUAUCACCAAUAUGAACAAGGAAAAUCAGAAUGUGAUUAUUAUUAUUAGUGAUGACGAAUCUGAUGAUAUUCCUACUAGCAAUGAAAGAAACAAGAAAAAGCAAGGUAAAAACAACGGUUCCCUUUCUACUUAUGGAUUGAUUCAGUCACAACCUAUUUUACUCGACGACGAUGAACCUGACACGAAACUUACAAGAACAAUACCUUCAGGUAGUCAAAAGUUAGCAACUAAGCAACCAAUAAAGAAUCGACAAUCAUUACCUUCUGAUUCAUUAUCACCAACUCAACCAAUACAACUAAAAUCACCACAACCAUCUAUUCCUAUGACACUGUCAACAUCAAUAUCUGAUCUUCCACCUGUAUUUGCACCCACUUCAACAAGUACUGAUAGUUCACCUUCGGUUUUAACUGAAAUCAAACUACCAACAUUGUCAUUACCGUCCUUGGAAUCUACUACUAAUAUUACCACAACUACUACUACUAUGGCCAACGAUGCAUUUUACUUUUCAGCACAAAACUUGUUUGGUUUGACACAAGAACUCAUUGAUCAGGUGCUUACUUCUGAAUCAGUAUCAGAAUUGAAACAUACCGUUCCUGAACCUGAUUGGACCUCUGUUAUCAAUAUGAAUGACAAGACACGAUCAAAAACUUGGCAAUCACCGUCGAACACAUCAUCUGCAGCGACUACUCUCAUUACUCCUCUACAAGAUAUGGAAUUGAUUGAACUGUUUACAAGGCUGGAUCAUUAUCAAGAUUCUGUCAAUCAUCAUUUAGAAGGAUUGUCACCAAGAAAUGAAAUGAGUGAUAUCCUAUCAACAUCAUCAUCGCAAAGAACACGUUUAUCAGCAUCAUCGAGAAGAUCAUUGAAACGCAAGGCCACUACCACUCGGGCAACCAUUGUCCAAUCGACAAGUACAUUAGGAAACGCCAAUAACAAAGAUGAACUACGACAAGCACUGAUCCAACGAUUAGAAACACCUUACCUAGCUGGAGGUAUGGCUCGACCUUACAUACCUGCUCCUGUAUGGCAAGAUUCCAAUUGGGAAGACUGGGCUCAAUUCCAACCUGGUGAUUUGAUGCAUGUUCCUUUUACUGAAGUUGAAGACUCAUUUAUCUGCUCAAGGGUACAAAAACUAGAAAGGAAAAAACGUGGAUUGACAGCAAUUUUCAAUGAUGAAGACCUUUGGCAUCAAAUAGCCUCAUUUCUUCCUGGUCGUGACAAGCAAGAUUGUCGAUUUCGCUAUUACGAUAUUAUCAACUCGAAACAUCUUCAUUUAUUCAAGAAACCUUUGCUCGUCGCUAGAGAGAAAAAACGUCCACCCAGAACCGUCAACAAUUAUCAUGAUUUAAUUUCCUCACGAAUGAUGAAUCAAAAAGUGAGUCAGUCAACAUGUGAAAUGGCCAUCUGGAGUAACCUACACAACAGAAUCACGGUGGGUGAGGGAAGUGGCGAUUGUCUUUGUUUACUACUGGAAGCUGAACCAAAAUCAAGGAGUGGGAUUCAAAUAGUGGCAGGAUCUCUUUGUGAUGAUCACUUGGCUUACAAUAUUGAAGGGAAUCUUAGAACAUGGCAAACAUCGAAGAAUCAGGUGACACAAUUGAGAGGACAUUCUACAGAAAUACAAUCAGCAAAUGGUGAAAGUAAUCAAAAGCUAUGGCGAACUGUACAUGAUCUCAAGAUGUCCAACUGCAAGGAAUUGAUCUUUUCUGCUGGUCGGGAUGGAAAUACAAAAGUAUGGAAUGCAGUAUCAAAGAAACUAUUAUCGACUUUAUCUUUCCACAAUGGUUCUGUUUAUCAAAUUUCGGUCAAACCUGAAGAAGAACAUGUCAUAGCGACCUCAUCCUCUGAUGGACUAGGAGUGAUAUGGAAAAUCAACAAGAAAGGUAGGGAUGGACAAGGUGCUAUAUGUGAAACAACGGCAAUAUCAGAUGUAGAACAUUGUAGUGCUGAAUGCGUGGAAUUUGGAAAUGGACCUUCUAGUCAAAUGUUAUUUUUUGGAUACAAAAGUGAAUUACAUCAGCAACCUGGAUGGAUCACAGCGUUUGACUGUACAAAGGCCACUCCCAUAUGGGAUGCUCAAGAUAUUCGCGGUUCUGUUGGUUGUCUGGCUGUAUCACAUAUUGGGAAUUCUAUUGUAUCUGCCAAUUAUGGGGCUACAUCUGGUGAUCAACUGAUGCACCUUCAUGACGCAAAAACUGGGAAAUCCAUUCUCAAGGCAUUUACUGGACAUCUUGACGUCAAUUCUGUUUGCUUCAGUCAAUGCGACAAUUACAUUGUUUCUGGAAGUGUUGCUAAUGAAGUGGCCAUCGUAGACAUCAGAAAACCAUCACGACCUGUGUAUACCUUUACACAUAGUGACACUGAUGAUAGAGAAAGGUAUAUUGCUCCAGACUCAAAUAUAGGAAUUGGUGGUAUGCAUUGGAUGAAGAAUAAUCAGAUUUUGAUUACUGGAGGUGGCGAUUGUAGGGUGAAAUUUUGGGAUGUGAAGGGUGAGAAUGGAUUGAUCCGAUCCUAUGAAACAUCGAACCCUGUCAAUUGUUUAUCUGUGAAUGAAGAUCUUCAAGUAUUAGCAGCUGGUGUUAGUGGUUCUCAAGGUGUGGUCCAUAUAUGGCAACCGUAGCUUCUUUUUUUUUUUUUUCUUUUUU